CCGGGUGAAGCACUGCUUGAGUAUUUUUCAUCAUUUAAAAGAACCAAGGAGGGAAGGAGUGAGAGAGGUGCAGCGGAGAGAGACGGCCUCUUGAAGCUAUGAGGCAGAAGUGAUGGAUUCAGUCCACGGAAAAGUGACAGUCUUCUCCUAACCGGCCACAAGCAGAACACAUCCUGCUCUGGACUCUCACUGUUUGGCAGGAAAAUAACCACCAGCAUCAAACUAAAGGUACUCAUUGUCUUUUUUUUUCUCAGACAACAAACUUUUCACUGGGAUUUUUGAACAGUUUAUUCAAUGUUUGCCAAACAGUUUCUUGGAGAUUGGGCUACUGCUGGGCAAAUGCAAGUAUUUUAAGAAGAAAGUUGGAAUGGACUAAGGUGAUAAUAGCUGAGCAGCUGGACCGGGACAGAGAAGAAAAAAAAAAAAAAAGAGACGGCCCAUGAGCGAAACUUUCUGAACUGGGAUGAAUUUCUACCAAGUGAAUCUUCUCAGAACUCUCGCAGAAAGACAAAGCAGCUAAGAGCUUCCUCAACACCGUGCAGCUGUCUUGUUUUGGUGAUUCGGACAUAAACACAUGGAGCCCCCUUCAAUGGUCCUGCUGGGGGUACUUCUGGUUUUUGGACUAAGUUGUAGAGUCCAGCAGACACAAGCAAGUCUGUCUGACAGUAGCCAAGGCAAGCAUAAGACCCAGGAAUUUGGGAGCAGCGAGGAUGAUUUGGAAAGAGAGUUUUUCUAUGCUGGUAGAAGCAAACGUGCUCCAGCUGAACAGCCACAGGACAAGUGUUCCUAUACUUUUAUUGUGCCUCAGCAAAAGGUGACUGGAGCCAUCUGUGUGAACUCCAAGGAACCCGAGGCUAUGAUGGAGAAUCGAGUUCACAAGCAAGAGUUAGAACUGCUGAAUGUGGAGCUCCAGAAACAAAAGAGGCAGAUCGAAACUUUACAGCAAUUAGUUGAGGUGGAUGGGGGUAUCGUCAAUGAGGUCAAGCUCCUACGAAAGGAGAGUAGAAAUAUGAACUCCAGGGUAACUCAGCUGUACAUGCAGCUCCUCCAUGAGAUCAUCAGGAAGAGAGACAAUGCUCUAGAAUUAGCCCAAAUGGAGAACAGGAUCCUUAACCAAACUUCUGAGAUGCAGCAACUCACCAGCCGCUACAAAGAUCUUGAACACAAAUACCAGCAUUUGUCUUCCCUUGCCACAAACCAGUCAGCUUUAAUUGCCAUGCUGGAGGAGCAGUGCCAGAGCCGACCCCCUCCCCGUUACGUUCCUGUCUCCCAACCACGACCUCAGCCUCCUCCACCACCAUCUCCACCUCUCAACAGGCCUUACCAGCCACCUCUCCUCCCAAGAAUAAACAACCCAAUCAGCAAUGAGAUCCAGAGUGACCAAAAGUCUCUCCCACCCCUUCCUACGAUGCCCGUUGGUACUCACAGCCCAUCUACCACAAACAAACCAUCUGGUCCUUUCAGGGACUGUCUGCAGGCACUUGAAGAUGGCCACACUUCCAGCGGCAUGUACCUAGUGAAGCCAGAAAAUGCCAACCGUCUCAUGCAGGUGUGGUGUGAUCAGAGACAGGACCCAGGCGGCUGGACGGUUAUCCAGAGAAGGCUGGACGGCUCUGUCAACUUUUUCCGUAAUUGGGAGACGUACAAGCAAGGAUUUGGCAAUAUUGACGGUGAAUACUGGCUCGGUCUGGAAAACAUCUACUGGCUGACAAACCAGGGAACCUACAAGCUGCUCGUCACACUGGAGGACUGGUCCGGGAGGAAGGUGUUUGCAGAGUACGCCAGUUUCCGAGUGGAGCCUGAAGCAGAUUAUUACAAACUCAGAGUGGGCCGGUACCACGGCAAUGCUGGGGACUCUCUUACCUGGCACAACGGCAAACAGUUCACAACACUGGACAGAGAUCAUGAUGCAUACACAGGAAAUUGUGCUCACUACCAGAAGGGAGGGUGGUGGUACAACUCUUGCGCACAUUCAAAUCUGAAUGGAGUUUGGUACAGAGGAGGACACUACCGCAGCCGCUACCAAGAUGGAGUCUACUGGGCAGAGUUCAGGGGAGGAGCCUAUUCCCUAAAGAAAGUCGUCAUGAUGAUCCGUCCAAACCCCAACACCUUCCACUGAUCAACACAGGGACACACACGGAACAGCAUUUCUCAUCAAACCAAACUCUUGCCAUCAUUUCCAACAGACCGCAAACAAAAAAAACCUGAUCCUGAAAGUGCAAUAUUGAAAUAUCAGGGUGAUAGUGCUAUCCCUAAAAAUGUUAUAAUUGUUUUCUUUUAUUUGUUUGUUUUUUUAUCUCUCUCUUUUUUAUAUGGGACAUGUAAAGAAUGCUUAUUGCUCAGGAGUUAUUUUUGAUUGCAUCUUGGAGAGUGGGUGGGGGGUUUAAUGUUCUUUCCUUUUUUGGUCUAAGUAGCUCAGUAUUAUGAACCCUACAGUUAUCUUCCUUACAUAGCAAGUGAACAAGGUUGACACAGGAAAUAUUUCCAGUGACUGUUCUUUCAUGUCAUGCUACAAUAAAUGUGUAUUUUGUUUCAAACUGUGUAGAUUUCAGUGACACUACAAAAAAUGGUUGAAAAUAAAAACUAUCUCAUUUAUUAUUGUUAAAGUCAACACAGCAACGUAUUUGUAACAUUUAUUCAAGAAACCCACAAAUUGUUAUGCAACCAUGAAAACAGUCUCUCAUUGGUUUAAAAUAACAAAAAGUAUGAAAAAUCUAAUUACUUCCAUGUUUUCUAAAGGUUAAUCAUUAUUUUUUUGGUACAUGCUAUGAAAUUGUUAAUUGCUUGAGCAGGUGUUUAAAGUUGCUUGUAUUCAAGCACUGUAUUUACUGUAUAAAUGUUACGGUUUGUUGAUGCCAAUAAAUCCAACAUUAUGUGUCUGUACAUAGGAAAAUUGUAAUAUAAUGUAUGUAAAGGUUAUUUCAUAAUUAAGUUGCAAUAAAAUAUGUACAUAUC